AUGGCGAGCUUCGAGAAGAGCCUUGACAAGAUAAAACAUGAUCCGAGUAACCCAAAGCUUCAAAGAGUGUGGAAGAAGGUCAGGGCAACUGUGGCAGAAAAGUCACUCACUGCCAUGUGGCACAAGCUGAACUAUCACUGCAGCGUGCUGCAGUUGCAACUCAAUCUUCUACAAAGCCAUUUACAAUAUCACAGUAAUGCUACAUUGGACUGCAAAGCCCAAAUCCACGAAAUACGAGAUACCUUGUCCACGGGUGCUUUACAAGUCUCCUCUUUCAAUGACAAUGUGCAGAACAUCAAAGUUUCGGUGGAGGAGGUCGUCCGGAGCACCGUUGCAACUGUCAACCAUAACAUCGGGCAGACAUCAGGAGCGACCACCGCGCAAUUGCAAAACAUAUCCACUCUUCUGGAGGCACUUCAAGACCAGGUUUCGGGAAAUUCAGCUCGCUUAACUGGUCCUCAACAAGCUGGAGCCAUGCCACAAGAAGACAACUCGCCACCUGCUCCCUCCAACACACCCACUGGGAUGAAUGCGAACCUAAGGAAGUGCCUUGCCAGGUUAUGCGAACUAGAAUCCCGGCAUCCAGACACGAUGCUCUACGAGGAAGCAGAAACCAUUAUCGAGGAUCUGGAAUACUUUCUAUCAGCGCUGUUUGAGCUCAAGCAGAGUGAGGAUUUGGAUUCCGGGACCGGGGAGGAAAUGAAGGAAGAGAGUCAAUGUACUGCGACAAUCACACGCCGUGACAUGAAGCGUAUGCGCGGUCUUGUUUCAGCGGCUGCUACUGUAGGGGUGAACCAAGCCCCAAAACGGUCCACUGCAACCCAGCGCGGAAAAGUCGUUCAAACGCAUCGCACUAUCGAGCUUGUCCUGCCAGGUUGUAAGACGAGCAUCACUGUCAACAAAAGGGCGUUCCAAAAAUGCUCCGAUCCUUCCAGGCAGGGGAAACUUACCACCGGUCCACACACGGAAGAAUUCUUCGCCAUUGUUAAAGCUUCCAUAGAGGAUGCUGAAUCACCCGCCGUCCUUGUUGCAUAUCUGCACCAGAUCCAGUCCGACAAUGGGUUUUAUUCCAUGAACCCUGUGGUUUCUAUUGGUAGAAUUGUACCUACUGGUUCUGCAAUCUUUGAAAUUGUGAGCCGAGGCGAUGUUGAAGGACUCCGGAGGCUCCUUGCACUUGGAGAGGGGUCUCUGAGAGAUAGGGAUCCCAGGGGGACUCCUCUCUUACAUUACGCUGCUGCAGGAGCUACAACAACGACCCAUGGCGAUAUGUGCAAGUUUCUCAUUCAGCAUGGAGCAGACGUUGACGAGAUGGCCGAGGACCCUAGGCAGACAACUGGACAUUCAAGGACGCCAAUGUGGUUGACACGCAAGGUUGGCCUUUCUUGGGAGUCCAUCACAGAGUUCGUUCGUCUCUUUCUGGAGGCUGGAGCGGAUCCUAAUCCAAUAGUCUACGACUACGUAAAUGUACCAGACUUCAGAUACGAGCUAACUUUUGACGAUGAUGCUUUAAGGCUGGUACUGAACAACUCAAUACCAUUUAUUGAUGUCGAGAGCAGAGACAGUGCAGGUCGCACAAUGUUACUGUCUUUUGCCUCAAAGUGUACCGACUUCAAGGACCCCGUAUCUUUGUUUAAUCUCCUCCUUGCGAAAGGUGCCGAUAUCAUCGCUCGAGAUGGACAGGGGAGAAAUUGUCUUCGACUCGCGCUCGAAUCCUUGUGGGCAGUAGAAAACGCCGAUGAUGUCCGCCAAUGCCUCAUUCUAUUGAUCCAAAGAGGUGCAGAUAUCCACUCUGUAGAUGAGGAUGGAGUCUCAAUAUCCGACUAUGCCUAUCAAAAUCCAACCGAGAAAGAAAUGGGCUCCUGUCAAGCCGACCUGUGGGAUGCAGCACUAUCGGAGUGCGGGUACAACGUGCGCCAGACACGCCUGGGGUACCACCGAGUGCCGCAAUAUAUUGACGAGUAUGUUGACGGAUGUUUCGAGACAAGCUUUUGCAAUCUCGAAUACCAGCCAAAAGCUUUUCGAGAGUUCUGGAAAGGCCGGGAAGACGCUUGUCCGUAUUACCACGAUCCGCCUGUUUGGUGUCCGCGGAGUACCUUGCUUUCUGGAUCAUGUCCCUUUGGUGGACUUGACUGGCUCUGUCCCGGUCCGGAAGCAAAAUCCAAUCGAUGCCCCAGCAGCGUCUUUGCACCUGGACAACGACUGAACGAGUCAGAAAGCGAUGAUCUCUAUGGAGGUGAUGGCGUUAUUCGACAAGAUAGCGAAGACAGUAAUUGCAGCGUAAAAGCAAAACUCUUCAACAUCGACGACUCCGAGCCAAGCGACCAGAGCCUGGGGCGGGAGAAUAUGAAUGCCGAGAGUUCCGAAGGGCACGACAGGACAUUAUCAGACGUGGCCCGGAUCUGGGAGAUGGAAGAAAAAGCAGAAGAUCUUGCAGCAUAG